UAUAAGCCUUUGCACACAAUCUGUCUCCCACAGGGAAUAAAGUCCACUCUCUGCUGUUGGCUGCUCUGUUCUCAUUUGAAAUAGGAGGGCAACUUGUGCACUUGACUGCCUGCCUACAAGAAUCCUUGUGGGUGAGCAAGGAAUCUUUCAACCCAGGCUGAGGCAGAAAAACUCUAGGGAGAACACUAUUGACCCACCUGCUCUUCUUCCAGCAGCCCAGACCACAUGGAAGUCUGGCUUGGCCUACAAGUCCCUGAGACUCCUCCUAAGGAGAAGCAACAGGUCAUUGCUGCUGCCAAGCUGGUCCCUCAUAAGCAGUUCAACAACUACACACUGGACUAUGACAUCAUGCUCAUCAAGCUUGCACAACCAGCUGUCCUGGGUGAGCUAGUGCAGCCCAUCAGUUUGCCCAGCCAAUGUGCCAUAGCUGGGACCCAGUGCCUGGCUUCAGAAUGGAUCAGCAGCAACUGCAGCUGCUCAGGAUCAACAUAUUUUGGGCUUACAGCUGAUGGAACAGACAACCUUCUGCAGUGCUCCUACCUUCCAGUCACAUCUGAUGCCACUUGCAACAAUGUCUACCCAGGACGGUUCACUGACAGGAUGCUUGGUGCUGCACAGCUGGACAGCAGCCAAGAUGCCUGCAAGGGAGAUGUGGGCAGCCCCCUGGUGUGUGAAGAAGCCCUCCAAGGACUGCUGUCCUGGAAGAAAAGCUGCAGUGAAGAGAAUCGGCUGGGGCUGUACACCAAGGUCUGCAUCUUUGAAGACUGGAUCCACUACACAAUUGCCAACAACUGAAGAGCAAUAAAGCCAGAUUGAGCUCUGA